AUGGCAAAUUGGAACAAUCAAUUUACGUUUGAGUGGAUGGAGGAAGAUGAACAGUCUGAAGAGGAGUCGGAGGAAGAUGAACAGUCUCAAUUGAUUUCCCUUCUAGAUGAAGAGAUAACACAAUAUGAAGAGGUAGCUGUAUUGGUGAGUCAAUAUGUGAUGCCUUAUGUGUGCAAAGAGCCACGAAGAACUAGUCAGCAAACAGGUAAUUUAUGGGUGCAAGAAAUUUUGCGAGAUCAUGAAAUUCGGUGUUAUGACAUGUUUCGAAUGGAAAAAGAAAUGUUCAUGCGAUUAUGCUCUAAACUGGUCGAACAUGGUUUAAAAAAUUCUAAGUAUCUGGGAGUGGAAGAAAUUGUUGGUAUGUUUUUGAACACGGUAGGUCAUGGACAAUGUAAUAGGAUGAUUCAAGAAAGGUUUCAACAUUCAGGAGAAACUGUAAGCAGGCAUUUUCAUAGAGUAUUACAGGCUUGCCUUAGUCUUUCCAGGGAAUACAUCAAACCACUCGAUCCUACGUUUUCUGUAACUCACCCAAAAAUAAAAAACGAUAAACGAUAUUCGCCAUAUUUCAAUGAUGCAAUUGGAGCAAUUGAUGGCACUCAUGUACGAUGUGUGGUGAGUCUUUCGAAGCAAGACAAAUAUAUCGGGAGAAAGGGAUAUCCGACACAGAAUGUCAUGGCUGUAUGUGAUUGGGACAUGUGCUUCACUUUUGUGUUAGCGGGAUGGGAAGGUACUGCACAUGAUGCUCGUGUGUUUAACACUGCUGUCUCAACUCCAGCCUUGGAUUUCCCUCAUCCACCUCCAGGGAAGUAUUAUUUGGUCGAUGCUGGCUAUCCAACUCCACCAGGAUAUCUUGGUCCGUACAGAUGUGAGCGCUAUCACCUUCCAGACUUCAGGCGACAACCGGGAUUUGAAAAUUAUAACGAAGUCUUCAAUUACUACCAUUCAAGUUUGAGGUGCACUAUAGAAAGGACUUUCGGGGUGUGGAAGAAUAAGUUUCGCAUCUUAGAGAAGAUGCCAAGUUACAAGUAUAAAACUCAAGUCCAAGUAGUUUGUGCUACAAUGGCUAUACAUAAUUUCCUCCGAAGAAAUUCUGAAACUGAUAAAGAUUUCAUAGAAGCUCAAUCUGAAGGUACAAUUGACGAAGACAAUCAUGAUGAAGCUGGUGAGACAUCCUCUUCAAAUUUACCUAGAUCAAGACAAAUGAAUCAUGUGCGUGACACAAUCAGAGACCAAAUUGUAUUGAGCAUGGCAUCCAAUUAG